AUGCGUUUCACACAGUCUGUAACUAUUUUAUUCUAUGUGCUGCUACUGGGGGCAGGACUGCUAUCAUUUUUUGUGAUUCUAUCGGGAGGACGUCAAACGGGUGUUCUCAGAAACUUCUAUUGGCUGGAGGCGGACACUUCAGGAUUUAGUAAUGCGCCAGCAACGACAAGGUGGUUCAACUACGACUGGUGCGGCUUUUCUAAUGGUGACUUAAGCAACUGCUCGUCAACUCAGGCCGCGAAACCUUUUUCCCCACGAGACAAUUUCGGUGCGAGCAACAGCAUGCCCGCGGAAUUCGUUGAUCAUAGAAAAACAUACUAUUACCUGUCGCGUGUUGCUUGGGCUAUGUUGCUGGUUGGGAUUUUUUAUAUUGUCUGUGCCCUUGUGCCGGUCGCAAUUACUAUUUUCUCGACCUCGCUGCUGGCUUCAUUUUUCGCGGUGCUAGCACUAUGGUUGGCUUGGUUCUUCGUGACGCUAGCGGCCUGUCUUUACACGGGAUGCUACGUCAAGGCACGCAAUGCAUUCUCUGACAAUAAUCGCAGGGCCAAGUUGGGUGACAAGAAUUUCGCUUUCAUCUGGACCAGUGUGGCCCUUUUGCUGGCGUGUGCUAUCUGGUCUUCAGUCGCCGGUGCAUUCUUUGGUGUUGAGAAGUAUAGGAAUUCACGUCAUGGUCACCACCACCAAGGCCUUGAGUCGGGGAUAUCCUCUGAUACCUAUGGAGGUGACAAGACUACUUUGGACACCACCGAAAAUAAUGCGCCAAAAAGGAAUCGGGUUAAGGUUUUCCAUACUUGGAAAUACCGCAGCAACCGUGGAGCUCAAGAAGAUUCUUUAGGAGUUAAUCCACAGCUUACAACCUCUGAGUACGACAAUGAGGGGAAUCAGGUAGUUCACUAA